AUGUAUGAAAAUUCAAAUAAUAAUACGCAGAACAAUAAUCCAAAUAAUGACGCAUCAUCAUCUACAAAUAGCAAUACAACACUGAACUCAAAUCAACAAAAUCAACAACAACAGCCACUGACACACCCAAAUUAUUCAAAUAAUGAUUUAUAUAAUCUAAUUAAUCAGUUAAAUUCAAAUCAAAGUAAUUUAAUAAUGAAAAUCAAUUAUAUGGGAGAUACAGUUGAAAAUUUAAAGAAUUCAAUUGAUUCAAUUUUAUUUUAUUUGCAAAAUAAUUCAAAUUUUACUAACCUUAGUAAUGUUAAUAAUAAUGGUAAUAAUUUUCAAAUGAAUAAUCAAUUUAAAACUUUUGAGAUUAUAAGUAAACAUUUAAAUAGAUUGAACAAAGAAAUGGAAGAAAUAAAUCAAAAUAAUAAUAACCAUAAUGUGCUACAUUCUCAACAACAACCUCAAUUGCAGUCACAAGAACAUUUAAAUAUGAAUAUGAGACACUUACAACAACCACAGAUACCACCUCAACAACAAAUCAUGGGACAACCACCACCUCCAGCACCACAAAAUUUUGAAGAUGAAAUUGAUUUAAAUCGAAAAUCAUUAAGAAAUUCUUCAUCAACUCCAUCCUCUUAUGUUUUUGAACUAGGGCCAUUUUCAACUCAACAACAACAACCAAGAAGCAACAGUCAAGGUCAAUUACAAACUAAUCAACAACCAACAUCACAACAGCAAGUACAAAAUAAUGGUGUUAGUAUUUCUUCAAAUUCUUCAACUACCAAUAAUCCAGCGCAGGCGCAAAAUAUGAGUAAGAAUAAAAGAAGAAAACAACUGCAACAACCAUUGAAAAGAAAUCCACCAAGACAAUCAACAUUGAAUAAUUUGAACAAUAUAUCUAAUACAAACAGUAUAUCUCAACAACCAUCAAGUUCAAUAUCUUCACAUAAUUCAUAUGUCAAUUCAUAUAUGUUACCAAUGCCUCCUUUGUUAAGUGAGGACAAAUUAACUACCAAUACAACUACCACAGCAACUAAUCCAUCUAAUAAUCAAGAUACUUCAUUUUUAUUACCAAGAGAUAAUAAUCCAAUAAUGACUUCAGCUUUAAGACAACAACCACCGAGUAGAAUAAUACUGCAACAAUCAUCUCAACAGCAAUCACCUCAACAGACAUCAAUUCAACCACCUACACCUCAAAAAUUAACAAGAACAAGGUCAUCUCGACAACCACAAUCAGCAUCAUUUUCAUUUGGUGAUGAAGAAAUAGAUCCAAGUAUUGAAGAAAUGGGUCAUCCACAAGCAAGUAGUUCAAGUUCAAAUAAUGAUACUGAUGGAGAUUCUACUAUUGAUAGGAAAUUCAAUACUAAAAAACGUAAAUACAGUAAUGAUUUAUCUAAAGGUGGAGUUACUAUUAGCUUUAAUGAAAUUCCUCAAUAUAAAUUAGAAAGAAGUUUAAAACAAUUGAGUGAAAUUUGGAAAGAAUAUGCGUAUGGAGUUCAUGAUAAACCUCCAUUAAAAUUAUUAGAAUCUAAAUAUGGUACGAAAUGGAGAAAUGAAACUGAAUCAAGAACAUUUUUAAGAAGGAAAAAAAUUUAUGAAGCUAUUGAAGUUGGUAAAAGUAAAGGAUAUAGUGAAGAUGAAGUUAUUCAAGAAUUGGAAGAUUAUAGAAGUUAUCAUAAAAAUGGAAUUAUAAAAAGAAAACCAUUAUUUUGGUUAUCACAAAAUAUGCCAGCAAAAUUUGAACCAUCAAACAAUUGA